GUAGUAUGGACUGGGCCUGGCCUGGGGCGUCCCCGCGAAGCCUGGGCCUGUCAGGCGGUUCCGUCCGGGUCUCGGCCACCGUCGAGUUCCGUCCCGGCCCUGCUCACAGCAGCGCCCUCGGAGCGCCCAGCACCUGCGGCCGGCCAGGCAGCGCGAUCCUGCGGCUUCUGGCCAUCCCGAAUGCUAUGGCCGCCGUCGCCGUCUUGCGGGCCUUCGGGGCAAGGGGGCCCAUAUGUCUCUGGCGCGGCCCCUGGGCCCAGCUCCCCGCCCGCUUCUGCAGCCGGGACCCGGCCGGGGCGGGGCGGCGGGAGUCGGAGCCGCGGCCCACCAGCGCGCGGCAGCUGGACGGCAUAAGGAACAUCGUCUUGAGCAAUCCCAAGAAGAGGAACGCGUUGUCACUUGCAAUGCUGAAGUCUCUCCAAAGUGACAUUCUUCAUGACGCUGACAGCAACGAUCUGAAAGUCAUUAUCAUCUCGGCUGAGGGGCCUGUGUUUUCUUCUGGGCAUGACUUAAAGGAGCUGACAGAGGAGCAAGGCCGUGAUUACCAUGCCGAAGUAUUUCGGACCUGUUCCAAGGUCAUGAUGCACAUCCGGAACCACCCCGUCCCCGUCAUUGCCAUGGUCAAUGGCCUGGCCACGGCUGCCGGCUGUCAACUGGUUGCCAGCUGCGACAUUGCCGUGGCGAGCGACAAGUCCUCUUUUGCCACUCCUGGGGUGAACAUCGGGCUCUUCUGUUCUACCCCUGGGGUUGCCUUGGCAAGAGCAGUGCCUAGAAAGGAACACGAAUCUCCUGUGCGUGGUAUGUUGAAUCUGCCCAAGAAGGAGCCGUGUUGCAGAGUGGUUUUGUUAACUACAGUGAAGUCUGUUUCCGCCACAAAGCUUUCUUCCUUCCUAUAACAUCAUAAAAUAAUAUUUCCUAAACUUCCCUCAAGUGUAAACCAACAGUGUUCUUGUUGCGGAAAAAGUGCAUCCUUGUACUUAAUUGGAAAUCUGUAAAAAAGGGGGCAGAAUCUUAGACCACACCAAGUAAAGAAGCUAAACUGCUUUCUAAUGUAUGUGAUCUACUUCAGCAUCAGCUGUGAAAAUCAGCAAUUGCUCACAUGCCUAAGACGCAAAAGAAAUAAGAUCCAAGGGAAAUCCAGUAGUAGGACCAAGAAGUUUAGGGAAGUAUUCCUUUCUUUUGCAGUGCCCCUUUGUUGGUUUUUGCAGAAAUGUGUGUUUGUGGGGAAAUUCUGAAGACAGAUACCUGCGAACACACACACUUAGGACAGUGGGCUGGAAGUGGGCUUCGCGCUACAGUAGGUGACGGCUGGCUAAAGUGUCUUCAGACUAAGAGGAUGUUUUCGAUUCUGUCAAGAUAGACACUUACCUUAAACUCAUUCAGUAAUUUUUUUUUUUUUUGAAACAGAGUCUCGCUCUGUCACCCAGGCUGGAGUACAGUGGCGCUAUCUCAGCUCACUGCAAUGUUCAAGGGAUUCUCCUGCCUCAGCCUCCAUAGUAACUGGGAUUACAGGCACGUGCCACCAUACCCGGCUAAUUUUGUAUUUUUCGUAGAGAUGGGGUUUCACCCUGUUGGCCAGGCUGGCCUCAAACUCCUGACCUCAAGUAGUCCGUCCCCCUCGGCCUCCCAAAAUGCUGGGAUUACAGGCGUGAGCCACCGCACCUGGCCCAUUCAGUAAAUAUUUCUUAAGACUCUACUUUGUGUAUAACAAAUUGAUUGUCAGAGCUUAUUCAUAAACUAUCUUAUAAUGGUGCAAAUCAACUCACAAGGCCUUUGUCUAAUAAAAGACAGCUGUGCUGACAGCUGCUUGUCCUCUUCAACACCUGAUGUUCUGGAAGGUUCCACAGUAAAGCACUUGAAACCUUGAAGUCAGCCCUACUGUCUGGAUAAGAACCCAUUCUCUCUUAAACUUUUGAAAUCAAGGCUUAUUAAAUUUGAUUCCUAGAAACUUAACGCUAGACCAUAUUUAUCAAGUUUUAAAUUGAUAAAAUUUAAAGUUUUUGAGAAGAAAAAGGGGAAAAUAUGACAAAAACAGGCCUUAAGUUCCAAGGAAGCCCAGUCUUCAGAAACCCCAUUUCAUAAUCACCCAGUUGGAUGAACCAAAGUAGCUUUUACCUUCCAAGGACAGACCUUCUCAGAAAAUGGGGCAAAAAAUCUCCGGACAGCCCUGCUCAGGUUCCUGGUCUCUGUUCUCAUGUUCUGACCCCCAGAAGGCCUCUAAAUCACUCGACCGGAGACUCGCCAGUUUCUUCUAAUCAGCUGCCUGAAAGCAGUUCAGAGUUCUGUCAACAAGUCCUUGCACGCUGCUGGGCCACUCAGAGCCGUGACUCAGGAACAUGGCUUGGGGUCAACACUGAAAAGCAGAAAUCACAGUACUGAUAAAGGGAAUUUUGUAGGAAGAAACAGUCUUUUGGAACUUAAGGCCUUUGUUAGGUUUCUGGAUUUGCAGAUCUAAUUGUGUGGGCCUGCUUUAGGAGGAAAAACUGGGAUUCAUAACAAUCUAAUAAACCUGACCCAAACCACC